UUCAUGCAUAUUUAAAAUGAAUAUUUGAUAACAUUACAUUAGGGAUAAUUAUGCUGGAACCGAGACUAAGUAAUUUAUGUGUCAUUUAAGUAAUUAUAUUUUUCCUAAAAUCACAGAUGAAUCCAGUUUUUGGUAGACUUAGCAACAGACGACUUAGACUAGCAGAUUCAGUAGAAGCAAGAUCUGUAGAAAGUAGAAACAAGACAGCACCUGUAGUGAGGAGAUUGAGUGGAAAAGAGGUGGCAGCAAAGGCGGAGGCGUCUGUGAGAGAGAGAAGGGGGGUGAUCCCAGGGAUCGCACUGCUGUACUGGGGUAGCACGUGCUGCAGUUUGGGAAAUACAGGGGGCCAGACCUUCCUUUGGCUGCUAGAGAACAGCCUUGGUUAUGCUGCCUGGAUUGUGUCCUCAAUAGGCAAGGAAACCAGGAAUGAUGCAUCCCUCAGUGAAAAUAAAUUCAGUUUGAAGGAAUACAUGGAAUCCUUUCCUGGGGCAAAAGAAGCCAUAAAAAUGAAACAAGAAGAGCAGCUGAAGAGGCGUGCAGCAGUUGACCCAGGGGUUGUGAAGCUACCACGCCUUGAUAGCUCAAACAUUGCAGAAGAACAAGAGGUGACUGAUGAGGAAAUGCUGGCAAUACCAGAGCCACAGGCAACAUCAUCAGCUAUUUCCACCUCCACGAGGGAUUUGCAAGCAAAGAUAGUCCCGUGCAUGCAGGCACGCGCAUCAGCAUGCCAGACGGAGACAGAAACAGAGGUACAUAAGCAUACAAAAAUAUCUUUGAAAAUUAUAUGGAUGAGAUUUUUCAAUUCAUAGCUUUGCAUUCACAGAUUACAGUACACACACACACAAAAUAAAAAAAAACUAUUAAUUACUUAUUUUAUAAAAUCUUUUUUUUUUUCUUGUCAGGUGACCCUGCCUAAGGGAAUGCAAAACACGCUGCCCCCUCCUGAUAAGGCUUGGCUGGCCAAGGUCCUGUUCAGGAUAAAUCCCAUUACUGGAAAAGCGGGAAUUGCUCCUAAGCUGACCAUGUGGCAUUAUCCACCAGAGCCCCUGCAGGUCCACGGGGUUCCUCCAUCUUCCCCUGACCCAUAUUUUCUGAGACCAUUUUUCCUCUGGGCACCACUACGAGUGUGGAACUUGAAGCUGAAAUGCCACCAAGAGUGUGUUGUGAAGCAGACAGCCAAGAAGACCACGGUUUGCUCACAUCAGAAUAUUUUAAUUGAUGAGUAACCUUAAACACUGCGCAAGUACAAAUAUGUUCUCAUUCUUUCCAUUAUAUAUAUAUGUAUAUAUAUAUAUAAAUAUAUAUAUAUACACACACACGUAUAGACUGGUGGACAACCGAUUUCAACUGAAGAAAUUAAAGAGUUAAAAACAGUUACAAUCAGCUAAAAAUGCAGAGAAGAAAGUGGAAUUAUUAGAGAGAGAAAAACAGAAGAAACCCUGCAGUGCUUAAUCAAGGAAGGAGACGUUGAGGCAGAAGAAGCAAAAUGACAGGCCGCAGAGGCAAGGGCAGAUAACGCGUUAUGAAGAGAAUUUUUAGGCUGACGAAGUGAGGCAGCAGAGUAUGCAUUUAAACAACCCGAACCAGAAGCCAUUUGUUCAUUUCUCGAAACCGGACUUUCUAAUCGUUUUAAGGACAAGGGAUCCCUAGCUACUUAUAUAUAUAUAUAUAUAUAUUAAUGCUUACAUUUAUGAAAAAUUAAGGUUGCAUUUAAUGAGAUAAAAAAUAUAUUAAGUUGAAUUUAUAAGUUUGAGUUUAUCAGUGACUGUCCAUUUCUUAUUUUGUUUUCUAGCACUAAGAAAUUACUUAAUAUUUUAUUUUGUGUUGCAGUAUCACCCUACAAUGGCAGGUCGAUACCAGACAGUAAGGAAAGUACUUGAUGUAGAUGGCUGGUACUACAUCGGUACUGAAUACCUUGAAUGCAAAUUCUGGAAGAGGAAGUUUGCGAGCUGUUCCCCCCUUGUCCUUGACCAGCUAGACCUGGGGCGGAAAAGCUAUUUCCCAGCAGUGCUGACAUUUAGGUAAGAUGAGAAUUAAUUAGUUUUCCAGUUGAAUUGUUAUUUUGUCAGAUUGUCCAUCACAGGAAACAGUAGUAGUAACUUGCACUAUUUGUUUGUUGACAGUAAAAGAAAAAACAAGAUCAUAACUUGUGAAUGUCGGGCAUGAUUUUGACAAAAUUUUUGCUUGUAACAAAAAUCAUUUGCAUCUCAGGUACUCAUGUGAUUUGAAGGUGGUACAACUCCUCAGGCAGAGGACCUUGGGUAACUCGGCCACUAACGUGAUGCACAAAGUGGAAGAACAGAGGCAAAUAAGAAGGGCUAUGUCACAAAUAAUGAAAAAGACCA